GGUUCGGUAAAAGACACGAUGUUUGAAAGAUUUACUACACUUUCGAUCAUGGUGUAUCUUAUCUCAAUGUUAUCAAUUAUUAGCAUCGCUACGCCAGGAAUCUUCGCUCACGGAAGGUAUGAUCAAAUGCAGUUGAACACGACAAUUGAAGCUUUGGUACUGAGCAAUGGACCUGUGAUGAAACUCGACGAAACAUCCGAUCGUUCGACUUUCUUGAUUGAGUUUAUUAAUGGGAUGUCUAUCAAACUUCCAUGUGAUUUUGGUCGUCACUACUAUAAAAAAGUGAACACAUGUGUUUCAACGUCAAAAAUGGUGAUAAUCUACGACCAUUGUCAGUUUUCAAAGCAGCCAAAUUGUUGGAACUAUAUGCCCUUCUGCUUCCUCGAUAGCGAGAAUGAUAUUUAUGCCAAAGAUAACUGUCUGCCUUAUUUCAAACGCAAUAAUGAACUCUGCAAGUGUGAACUCACAAAGGAAUAAAUUAAAUCAUGUGCAUAAUAAUAUCGACGAAACAUCAAAUAGAUGAAACAAACCAAUAAUAUAUGACGAUGAUGAUGAUGAAAUAAAACGAUUAUGGAUUUCAAAUCCUAAUCAAAAUCGUGUGUGAAGUUUAUUUUAGUCUCCUUCUUUGUAUCAUACAAUAUAAUUGAUUUUGUCGUACGUUUUACAAUAUUAAAAUGUACGUAUCACAUUUCUAUAAAUAUCUAUGAUUUGCUGUAUUAUAUCUAUUUAUAUCCAUUUAUUUGUAUUGUGAUACAAAAAUUUUCAUUAUCGUAGAAUAAAAAGUUACUCUAAUGACAUGGUUACUUGAAAAUAUUUAUAACAUUAAAUUGUAUUUCUUUUUACGAAUAAAGAUUUAAUGAAGUUCGG